CUGGCGGGCGGAGAGCUGCAGUUCAGCUUCAGCUGUGGGAACAUCGCUGUGAUACAGAUCAGAUCUGACCUGGUGUCAGACGGCAGGUGGCACAGCGUUCUGUUGGAGGUCAACUCCAGCGCCCUGAGGCUGACCCUGGAUCAGCAGCAUCCGUCCUCCCUCUCCCUGACGCAGCCCUGCAGGAUGCUGAACUCCCAGGGUGCUUUGCUCUUCGCUUCCUCCACUCCAGAACACCUUGGUAACUUCAGCGGCUGCUUGGAGGGCCUGCAACUCAACGGGGAGCCAAUCAGAGUGGGGGAUGCGUCGGAGUGGGCGGGGCCUGGCAGCAGGAGGGUGUUCGGGUCGUACCAAUGCUGCAGCCAGAGGGGGGUCUGCGACACAAACCCCUGUCAGAACCAGGGGGUCUGCGAGGAGGAUGCUGGAGGAGAGGCGCGCUGCAGGUGUUCAGGACUCUUCCACGGCAACCGCUGCGAGCUCAACAACAACCCGUGUGUCUCCAAUCCGUGUAAAGAAGGCACGCUGUGUGUGCCCAAGAGUGACGGUUACAUGUGCAACUGCUCGCUGGACAACCCUGAAGCACGGUAA